AUGACAGCUGUCGAAACCCAAAUGGCAUACAGCAACUCCUACACGAUCCACCAUGAAGAGACGUACAUGACCCAGGAGGAGGACUGGGACAGGGACCUGCUGCUGGACCCAGCCUGGGAGAAGCAGCAGAGGAAGACCUUCACAGCUUGGUGUAACUCCCACUUAAGGAAAGCCGGGACACAGAUUGAGAACAUUGAAGAGGAUUUCAGAAAUGGCCUCAAACUCAUGCUGCUGCUGGAGGUCAUAUCAGGUGAGAGGCUGCCCAAACCCGACAAAGGCAAGAUGCGUUUCCAUAAGAUCGCCAACGUGAACAAAGCCCUGGACUUCAUCUGCAGCAAGGGAGUCAAGCUGGUGUCUAUCGGUGCUGAGGAAAUUGUUGACGGAAAUGUGAAGAUGACCCUUGGUAUGAUCUGGACCAUCAUCCUUCGCUUCGCCAUCCAGGAUAUCUCUGUGGAAGAGACAUCUGCUAAGGAGGGUCUGCUGCUGUGGUGCCAGAGGAAGACUGCCCCCUACAGGAACGUCAAUGUGCAGAACUUCCACAUCAGUUGGAAGGAUGGCCUGGCUCUGUGUGCCCUCAUCCACAGACACAGACCUGACCUCAUUGACUACUCCAAACUGAGAAAGGAUGACCCUAUUGGUAACCUGAACACUGCCUUCGAUGUGGCUGAGAAGUUCCUGGACAUCCCCAAGAUGCUUGAUGCCGAAGAUAUUGUGAACACACCUAAACCUGAUGAGAAGGCCAUCAUGACCUACGUGUCCUGCUUCUACCAUGCCUUUGCUGGCGCUGAACAGGCUGAGACUGCUGCCAACCGUAUCUGCAAGGUGUUGGCCGUCAACCAAGAGAAUGAGAAACUGAUGGAGGAAUACGAGAAGCUGGCCAGCGAGCUGUUGGAGUGGAUCCGCCGCACCAUUCCCUGGCUGGAGAAUCGUGUGGCCGAGCAGACAAUGCGCGCCAUGCAGCAGAAACUGGAGGAUUUCCGAGACUACCGCCGCAUUCACAAGCCACCCCGCGUCCAGGAGAAAUGCCAGCUGGAGAUCAACUUCAAUACCCUGCAGACUAAACUGAGGCUCAGCAACAGGCCUGCCUUCAUGCCCUCCGAGGGCAAGAUGGUGUCUGAUAUCGCCAACGCCUGGAAGGGUCUGGAGCAGGUGGAGAAGGGCUACGAGGAGUGGCUGCUGACCGAGAUCCGCCGUCUGGAGAGACUCGACCACCUGGCGGAGAAGUUCAAGCAGAAGUGCGCCAUGCACGAGUCCUGGACCGGAGGUAAGGAGGACCUGCUUUCCCAGAAGGAUUACGAAUCAGCUUCUCUUAUGGAGAUCAGAGCUUUGAUGAGAAAGCAUGAGGCCUUUGAGAGCGACCUUGCUGCUCACCAGGACAGAGUGGAGCAGAUUGCUGCUAUUGCCCAAGAGCUCAAUGAGCUGGACUACCAUGAUGCUGCUACUGUGAACGCCCGCUGCCAGGGCAUCUGCGACCAGUGGGAUAACCUGGGCACCCUGACCCAGAAGAGGAGGGACUCACUGGAGCGUGUGGAGAAGCUGUGGGAGACUAUCGAUCAGUUGUACCUAGAGUUCGCCAAGAGGGCAGCGCCGUUCAACAACUGGAUGGAUGGAGCCAUGGAGGACCUGCAGGACAUGUUCAUUGUCCACAGCAUCGAGGAGAUUCAGAGCUUGAUCACAGCUCAUGACCAGUUCAAGGCCACUCUGCCCGAGGCCGACAAGGAGCGCAUGGCCACUCUGGGAAUCCAUAAUGAGAUCCUGAAGAUCGCCCAGACCUACGGCAUCAAGCUGUCUGGAAUCAACCCCUACACCAACCUCUCGCCCCAGGACAUCAGCACUAAGUGGGACACUGUGAAGCACCUUGUGCCCCUCAGAGACCAAAUGCUCCAGGAGGAGGUGGCCAGACAGCAGGCCAACGAGAGGCUGAGGCGCCAGUUUGCUGCCCAGGCCAACAUCAUCGGACCCUGGAUUCAAACUAAGAUGGAGGAGAUUAGCCAUGUGUCCGUGGACAUCGCCGGAUCCCUGGAGGAACAGAUGAACAGCCUAAAGCAAUAUGAACAGAACAUCAUUAACUACAAAUCCAACAUUGACAAGCUGGAGGGAGACCACCAGCUCAGCCAGGAGUCCCUCAUCUUUGACAAUAAGCACACCAACUACACCAUGGAGCACAUCCGUGUGGGCUGGGAGCAGUUGCUCACCACCAUUGCCAGAACCAUCAACGAGGUUGAGAACCAGAUCCUGACCCGCGACGCCAAGGGCAUCAGCCAGGAACAGCUCAAUGAGUUCAGAGCUUCCUUCAACCACUUCGACAGGAAGAGAAACGGCAUGAUGGACCCAGACGACUUCCGUGCCUGCCUUAUCUCCAUGGGUUACGAUCUGGGUGAGGUGGAGUUUGCACGCAUCAUGACUCUGGUGGACCCCAACAAUACAGGAGUUGUGACCUUCCAGGCCUUCAUUGACUUCAUGACCCGUGAGACCGCUGAGACUGACACCGCAGAACAGGUCAUGGCAUCCUUCAAGAUUCUGGCUUCAGACAAGAGUUAUAUCACAGUGGAGGAGCUGCGCAGGGAGCUGCCGCCAGAACAGGCCGAAUACUGCAUCAGCCGCAUGACCAGGUACAUCGGACCCGAGAGCCCCCCCGGCGCCCUGGACUACAUCUCCUUCUCCAGCGCCCUCUAUGGAGAGAGCGACUUAUAAGCCCAGCCGCUUCUGAUCUCCACCUCUCGUCCCUUCCUCCCAGCUUCCCCCCCUAUUUCUCCUGUGUGGAGAGAUCCAUUUAAACCCUUCCACUGUCCUUCUACAUGCUUUGUUCUUAUCAUUUUUUCCUCUUUCAAAUCUUAUCUUUCUUUCCCAUCUCCCUUCUCUUCCUAUCCCUACUUAAGCCCACAAACACUGCCUGAGAGGGGAGAGUAGAAGGCUUUGCUCAAAUCUUAGAGGUUUAGUUUGGACUGGACAGCUCUCUCUUGUUCCUGUUAACGCCUUAAAACCAAGAAGAUACCAGGUAUUGCCUUGAACUUAUGUAAGUAACGUACAUAUGCCUGCCUAAGGGGUGAUCAGACGAAAGGAGGUCACGAAGGAAAACAAAGGAGCUCUUACUAGAAGUUCUUUUGAGCAAAGCCUCCUGCUCUCCAAUCCUCUAUCGGAUAACAUACUUUUUGUAGAAGGGUAAUUAAAGAAGAAAACGUGAUAAAAAAAGCUGGUUGGUCAGUUGGCUUGGUUGUGUAUUUGUGUAGAUGCAUGCAGUAUUGAAGUUUAGGAAUGCUGUCUUUGUGAGUCUUACGUGACUCUUCCUUAAAAAUACAAAAACCCAUCCAAACCGUGCAGUAAGCAGAGUCAGGUGCUAUAAUGUUAUAAAGACAGACUACCAGAAAAUUCAAGUGUACGAAAGGAGGAACGUCAGCGCACUGUAAACACUUAAGUUCAGCACUAUGCAGAUUUAAACCUGGAGAUCUUAAAGCCUUCUGAAGCUCAGGUUCAAAUGGAGGAUGAAUGAGAGAGCGCUGAAUAUUAACACAAACAGAGAGAGCAGUACAGAGCAAAGGAUUCUGGGUAAAUGAAGAAAACAAGAGGGCCAUGGCUGUUGGAGUUGAUGCUAGAAUGGGUCGCCCACGGGGGGAUCCAGACGCUCAAAUAUGAGCAUUGAAGGCAAACUCUGAUUAGCGUCUCUGUUUAACACUAGUAUAUGUUUAUAAAGCAGCACAACACACAUUAUAGUGAAGAAUUUACUCUGUACUGUCUUAGUAUUUAGUCAAAUACAGCCACAGAGCUAACCCAAUUAGCCGUAGUAGUAGCUGUUUGUCUUAGCUUUAGCCGUAGCAGCUAACAGAACAGUGUAAGUCUGCUCCUGUGGUCGACCCAUUCUAGCAUCGACCAGCAGGUUCGGGACUCAGGAAGGAAGACAGAAAGACGAACUGUUAAGGCCAGACAGAACGAUCCCACACACUUCUCUCCUCACUCUCCAAACACUUUUUUUUUUGAUUUUAAAACAAAAACAAAAAACAAAAACUCAAAUGUUUCGGGACAUGAACAGAGAGAGGUGUUGAGCAGUGAGAAACCACAGGGCAUCAGGAAAGUUAUGACGAUAAGAAUUGAAAACUGUACGUGGGACCAUAGCAGGCCUAUGUCAGGUAAAGAAGGAAAUAGGGUUCUGGUCCCAUUUAUUAAAAAAAAAAAAAAAGAAAAAAAGAAAAGGAAACUAAGUCCCCAUUCUCCUCCUCCCCUCAUCUUCAACUCACUCUGCCCAUCAUCACCCAUGCCAACUCUCUUUCACAACAAAAUUUUACAAACCACAACUUGGAAUAAAAAAGGGAAAUUAUAUUACUA